AUGUCGGUAAGUUGUUCAGCAUUGCAUCAAAUAGUUCCGCCAUCUACCAGAAAUUCCGGCGAUGAAUUAACAAAUGGGACCUUUGAUUCUGCUGAUACAUUGAGUAGCAGUGUAGAUUCAUUGAUAGCACCAGAACGUGAUGAUCUGGAUUUCCGGAUUCAACAACGACUGGAAGCAUCUCGGCAAGGGAUGUUGCAGCUGGAAGUGCUUCGUAGCAAACAUCAAAAAUUGAUGAAGGAAAUGCGUAUUCGUUUGCCGCAUAGGAAUAGUGAGGAACGACCACGUGAUGGUUUCGGAAAGCACAAAGAAUUAUCAAUUGUAAAUUCUCAAACUGAGAUCAAGUUGAAUGAUUUACGAUGUGACAGUCCGGUGAGUUGUUGUGUAAGUCAUCGAUCAUCUGUUAGCAUGGAUUCCGGAUGUGUUUCACUUUCUUCUGACUUUAGCAGUCACUCACCAAUGCCUUCUAAUACAAAUCGAAAAUUCUCAUUGGAAGAUCAACGGAAGAAAACUGACCAGAAUGUGAUCACUGCAGAAGUUGGAAUUGAUGAAAAUCCGCAACUUGUGGCUAUGGCAAUUGAAAGUACCACAGCGUUGCAUUGCCACAGAACAAAAUGUUGCACGAAUUGGCCAAGAAUGAAAUCAAUGUGCUUCAAUUAUCCGGAUGAAAACAACGCCGUUGUUGUUGAUUCACUCUCAUUCUCACAGAUCACUCCGCCACCAAUUCAUCGAAAAUUUUUUACAGUUGGAAGGUCAGAAAAUGUUAAGGCUCGUCGUCCAUGUUUGACUGCGAGUUGUUUCGAUAUCCAUUCUUCGACAAUGUUACAAAAGGAGCAAUCACCGACACGUUUUCCAGUUAAUCAAUCGCUGGGAUUGAAUGCUAAACCAGUUGCGAUAUCAUUAUCGUCAAAGAUACCAACAUCUCCAUAUAUGAGACUUAGAGAUCCUCAAGAACUGUCGCAAAAUUCACAAGUUAUAUCACAUCCCGAGAGCCAGUCAAUUUUUCACGCAAGCCGAAUAUUCGUAGAUCGUUCGCCACGCAUUGUGCAGUGUCGCAAGCAGCGCAUGAAUAUUGAAAAGUAUGAUUCAGAUGAAGAAAGUCCACGAUUAUUGCGCGCACAGCCAGCUGUUGUCCUUAGCAGGCAGCAGAGUUAUGCGCAUUCGAAUGAAAGUUCACCAUGUGAGUUGCGAAAAGUACAUCUAGUAGAAAGUACUAAUUCACAAUCAAAUGUCACCCUAGAAUAUCAUCAGCAGCUCAAUCGUUGUGAAAGUUCGCAGAGUUCCGAAACAAUUGUAUCUGAUCGACCUCGUCGUCGAAAAAUGGAAAAAGACUGGAAAGAAUCUGAGAAUCUAUAG